GGGCCGAUCGAGGAGAUGAUUCCUCCGGCUCUCGAGGACGAGCGCUUUGUAGAGCGGUCGAUUCCUCGCCACCAGACUUGAGUAAGCUUAGUUAUUCACAAUAUUUUUUGUUCAUAUAUCAUGCACAUUUACUGACUUAUUUCUCUGACAAUUUUCGCCCGAGGUGGUUUCGGCGAUGGCACGAUGUAUAGAUGCCUUCCGGAGCCAGCUCGUCCGGAUGAGGAAUGCAGCCACCUGUCGUCGGGACGACGUCAUUCGAGAGGGCCAGCCUAUUGCUUCUCACACUCGCACGAGACCUGAGGUAAGGAGGGAUCCCGCAAGGUCUAGCUCGAGACGCCGUCGUACUACGUCAGGGGGUAGAGGCGGUCGCUCUGAGGCUGCUCGUGCUGACGUUGCAGAGGGAUCGAGAUCUUUUUCUGAGGGUGCUCUUGCUGCACUGGUAGGAGAGGCUACCUCGGCUUUCAGAGGUGGUAGGAUGUACGAGGUAGGCUCGUCAUCGCAGCAGCCUCCGCAACCUCAGCCUCAGGUUGAUCCUGGGUGGAGUGGCAUGGCGAGACAUGAAAGCAUACUUCCUUUGUUGCAUGCAUCUAAUGAUAAGAAGGCAAAUGGUGAACUCGAUUUCUUGAUGGCAGAAUUCGCAGGUUUAAUGAAUGUUGGCAAUGCUAUUCUUGUGAAGGUUUCUGAUUUUUGUUAA